AUGAGCUUGAAGAGGAGAGAUUUCAUAAAACUGAUGAAAUCAAUGAAUAUUGACCCAACUACAUUUUCUGAGGAAGAUAUUAGGCAAUUCGAACAAGGCUAAGUGAUUAUGAGCGACAGUGAAUCAGAUAGCAUGAGAGAUUCUGUAUCCAUAGCUGAUAUUGAGAAUUUUUAAUAGAAGAGACAUAAUAGAGGAGGGGAUACUCACGACACAGUCAAUAUGAAAAAUGUAUUAUAAUUGAUUCAAUAAUAGAAUUAUUCUUCUGUAGUGGGCAUGCAAGAGAAAUAAAUAGCAUUUCUAAAUGCAGAAAUAAAGCGGAUUCAAGCAGCUAACGAUGCUGAUAGACAAAGGAUUUUUGCUAAUCAUAGAAUUGAAACUGAUAAGCUUUUAAGUGAAAUCAAACAACUUAAGUCUAAGAUGAUAUAUUAAGAAUCUCAAUUGCCAGGAAUAAGGGAGGCUUUGGCAUAAGUCAGAGACAUGUUAGCUGGGUUAGUUCCAGAGGUUGUUUAUUUGAGAUUGAGAGAUAUGAAUGAGAAGGAGAUGCCCAUCUAAGAUUGGGUGCUGGUUUAGGUUUGGGAGAUUGUGUAUCCAUUUAAAAAGGAAGGGGAAUUUUAGAAAAAGGAGAUAUUGGCUUUGAGAGAAGAACUUAGAUAGAUUACAGAGAAACACUAAUUCUUAUUGAAUGAUUUGGAACAUGGAUAAAAGAUGAUGGUAGAUAGAGAAGAGGAUAUCAGAAGACACAAAUUAAACUAUGAUAAUGCUAGGAAAGCUUUGGAGUUAGAACUAAUUAAGUCUUAAGAAGAGUUAGCCCUUUUAAGAGAGAAGGGUGCGAGAUUUGAUGAGUUGAGCAGGGAUUAUAAGAGAUUGGAAUAAGAGAAGUUUUUAUUGGAAGAAAAGGCUGGUUUCUAUCAAAAUAAUCAAGCAGGGGAUAAGGCAAGAGAUCAAUAUAAGGCAUAGGAUGAUGCCAAGAGAAAGGGAGAUCUUUUAUAAUAAGACAAGGAGUAUUUAACUAAGGAGAACAUAUAGCUAUUGGAGAAGGUUAAGAGAUUGGAGGACAAAUUGGAUAGAACAGAGAAGGAAUAUUUGGAAGCAAAAAACUAAGCCUAAGAAUAUCUAUUCUAAUUGCUCAAUUCUAAAACUGAUUAGACUCAGGCUUAUGAAAAAAGAAUUUACUCGGAAAUUGCAGAUCUUAAAGAAAAGCAUCAUCAUGAAUUGGAAAUUGCCAAAUAGAAUUUAGUUGAUAUUUAUGAAACUUAGAUAAAAUUCUUGAAGGAUGCAAAGGAAGAAAUUUAACUUAGAAAAGAUAAUCUAGAAGGGUAAGUGAAGGAAAAGUCAAUAUUAUAUGAUCAUUUAUUAAUUGAUUAUAGAAAUUUAUAAAGAAAAAUAGAUGGAGAUUUAUCUGAAUAGAGAAUUCAAUUGAGGUUAAAGGUGGAGGAGUUGGAUAGAGUUUAGAAUAUCUAUGAGGAUACUUUGGCCAAUCUCAAGGCUAUGAAAUAUGAGAAUGAGAUGCUAAGGGAAAAAAUAAAUGUUUUAAAGGCAGAGUAUUAUAAAUGUUAAGUAGAGGCAAAGGAACAGAUGAGCGGCAUAAAUGCUCAAUUACAAGUUGCAAAAGAACAACUCAAAAAUUAUGAAGGAAUUGAAAGAGAAAUUGAUGAUGCUAUUAUGAAAUCAGCAGGUAAUGAAUAUGAUGCUAUGAAUCCAUUAUUGGGAUUUAUGGGCACUGUGCCUACUUCUUCUAAAAGGAGAAUUCAACAGGCUUUAAAUUUGGCUUAAAGACUGCAAGCAAAGUAAAGAGAAUCAGAAGAGUUACAAAUAAAAUUAAGAGAGAAGCAAUAAGAAAUUGAGAAAUUAUAAGAGGAGACCAAAUUGUAGAGAGAUGUACUUGAUAAAACACAUCAACCUCAUUCCUAUUUAGUUGCCCAUAUUGAAGAGAGAGACCGAGAGAUCUUAAAAUAUAAGUCAUUGCUAAAAAAAUAUGAUUAGGAUUAUUAGAUUUUAAAGGCUGAAAAUGAUGAUAUUGCUAAUAGAUUCAUGAGGGCAGAGGAAGAUCUAUAAAGAUUGAGGAUUAAAAGAUAGAAUUUGCAGAAUAUUUAGAAUAUUUUAAUAGGGAUUGCCACUGGUAGUUAAAAUGAUAUGAGACAAAAUUUGAGGAGUGCCAUAAACGAGAUGUCGGAAGCAUUAAAUACAAAAACAUAUAUUGAUCCUUAAAGUGCUAUGUAGAAAAAGAGUAAGAAAUUGGAUUUAUUUUUAGAUGUUGCUCAAAAUAAUCAAUAAAAAUAAAAAGAGUAAGAAGGGCCAUCUUGGUAUUCAAAACUCAAGCAAAAGCAGAAGAGGUGA